AAUUUUUAGUGUCAUUCGCCACCGUCGUUAAUAUUUUUCAGCGCGGUUCUCUGUUUGUUAGUCGGUCCGAGUAUUUUUCGAGUUUUAUAUCGUUAUUAUUAAUAAUUAAUAAAAUACUGUGUUAAAAAUGUCUCCACUUACCUCCCUACGAGAUCCACAUUUCGAUUACAAAAUAAAACGUUUCUACAAUUGUGUUCUGGCCCAAACUAUAUCGAGCUCUGGCAAGUUUUUGUUUGCCGGUAAUAGAGAUGGUGACAUCUUUGUACAAAAAUUAAACAAUCUACAAGAUUCCGAAGAACCUCAUGAACCUCUAAAGAUCUACAGUCAAGGUGAUGAAGUGGAAAUAAAUUGUUUAUGUUUCCAUCGUGAUUUUCUGAUAGUCGGCUCCAUUGGUGUAGUUUAUGGUCUCAAGUGGUUGGAGGAAAAAGGUGAGCUGGUGAAUAAAAGAUCUUGGGAAAUAAAAAUACCCAUAGAGGCAGAUGCUAUCGAGGUGCCCGAUGUCAAUUACAUGUGGUUGAGACCGGACACGGAUUUCUUGUUUGUGGGCUGUGGUGACAAUGUCAUUUACGAAAUUACUUUGGAAGAUGGACGCAUAGUAAGAGACUUUAAAGGUCAUGACGAUUAUAUACAUGGUGUUUGUGGUUUUGGCGACAAUAAGCUAUAUUCUGCCUCCGAAGAUGGUUCAGUGCGUUUUUGGGCCACAAAUGAAAAAGAAAGUGUUGGCCUUAUAAAACCCUAUGAAAAGGAGAAUUUAUGUCGUCCUGAAAUGGGCAAAUGGCAAGGAGCUUUAGCUGUUAACCAAGACUGGUUGGUAUGUGGUGGUGGUCCCAAAUUAUCAUUAUGGCAUUUACGUACUAUGGAAUGUACAAAUGACUUUCCUUUUCCGGGAAAAGUUCAUGUAUGUGACUUUGUGGAGGAUAUGAUUUUCGUGGGUGGAGAAAAUACCAAUGCUCAAUUUUAUGCCAUGAAUGGUAAACUAAGAGCUGACAUCAAGACUGAAAACACUGCAGUAUAUUCUGCCGUCUGGCAACUGGAACCACAACGUUUUAUGUCUAUAGCGGGUUUUAGCAAUUGGCUGUCACUUCUUAAUGAUUUUCGGUUUUUGGAUAGUAAAAUUGAGUUGUACACUUCGAAAGAAAGUUCGGAAAGCAGCAAUAAUAAGAAAUAUAAUUAAAAUGCGGAAAACUAAAGUA